CCUGUGUGCAUGAAAAGAUAAACCCUCCAUUUUGCCCAGUAAGAAUCUAAGAAAGAUUUUACAAACAACUGAGUUUACCUCUCAGACAAAACACAUUUGUCUUAUUUUUAUUGCUGUCACAGGGUCACAGGAUCGCUUGUAAAUAACUUGCUGUUUGUUUAUGAUUUUUAUCCACAAAACCAAUCGCCUCGACUACACAGUUUAUCCAUCGCCGAGCGAGCGUCAGCCUCGGGAAUCCAACCGUAAAUAUUAUCAAGUUUGGCAAAUACCUGAGACCAUACCAUAGACGGAGGCAGCAGCGGCCAUGGGAAUUUCUCUCCUAAAUACGUUCCUUUUGGUUCUUACUGGGAUCACUGUUUCCAGCCGCGCCCAAGACAUGUCCAAGCCAGAUGUGAAAGUUGUCACUGUUGGAUUAAAAGGAGAUGCAUUGCCAGCAGGACAUCAAGGGGAGAAAGGAGAACCUGGAGUGUGGUACCAAGUUUCAGGACAUCAAGGGGAUAAAGGAGAACCUGGAGUGUGGUACCCAGGACAACAAGGGGAGAAAGGAGAAACUAGAGUGUGGUACAAAGUUUCAGGACAUCAAGGGGAGAAAGGAGAACCUGGAGUGUGGUACCCAGGACAAAAAGGGGAGAAAGGAGAAUCUGGAGUGUGGUACAAAGUUUCAGGACAUCAAGGAGAGAAAGGAGAACCUGGAGUGUGGUACCCAGGACAAAAAGGGGAGAAAGGAGAAUCUGGAGUGUGGUACCAAGUUUCAGGUCAUCAAGGAGAGAAAGGAGAACCUGGAGUGUGGUACCAAGGACAAAAAGGGGAGAAAGGAGAAUCUGGAGUGUGGUACCAAGGAAAAAAAGGGGAGAAAGGAGAACCUGGAGUGUGGUACCAAGAUGUGAAACUUCUUGGGGAUGGUAAAUCAGACAAACUGGUGAUUUUGAGAGGGUGCCUAGGGGCUCCUGGACAACCAGGAUUAAAGGGAGAUACAGGACCAGCAGAUGUGAAACUUCUUGGGGGUGGUGAAUCAGACAAACUGGCGAUUCUGAGAGAGUGCACAGGGGCUCCUGGACCACCAGGUUUAAAAGGAGAUACAGGGCCAGCAGGACAUCAAGGGGAGAAAGGAGAAUCUAGAGUGUGGUACCCAGCUGUUAAGAACUGUAUGGAGCUGCGCACGUAUGGAGUCCUAUUUUCCGGCUGGUACACAAUCUACCCAGAUGGUAACAAGCCUCUAAAUGUUCUCUGUGACAUGCAUACAGAUGGAGGCGGAUGGAUAGUGUUUCAGAAACGAAUGGAUGGUUCUGUGGACUUCUACAGAGACUGGGGUUCCUACAGACAAGGUUUUGGCAGCCAACUGAGCGAGUUCUGGUUGGGAAAUGAGAACAUUCACCGCCUUACGUCCUCAGGGAAUAUCCAGCUGCGAAUUGACCUGGAGGAUUUUGAUAACAAUCGAACCUACGCCACCUACAGCCAAUUCCGACUGGAGCCAGAGUCUCAGAAAUACACCCUGCGUCUUGGAGCAUUCACUGGGGGCACUGCAGGGGACUCCUUGUCUUCUCACAACAACAAAGCUUUCGCCUCAAAGGAUGCGGAUUACGAUGAGAGUGUUAACAGUAACUGUGCAGAGAAAUACAAAGGGGCCUGGUGGUAUGUAAAGUGUUACGAUGCCUGUCUGAAUGGGGAAUAUUUGCGGGGACCACUCGGUCAGAACUAUGGAGGAAUCGCCUGGAAAACAUUCAGAGGGUAUAACUACUCACUGAAAAAGUCUGAAAUGAAGUUUCGGCCCCUAUAGGAACAGAGAAUAAUCGAAUCCAAGGUAUCUUAUCCGGUGAUUUUACAUUCAGAAGGCCGUGUUUUUCUUUCACGGGAAAUUAACACUUGGAAUUGUGUUGGAAUGAUUGCCUGGGAAUGUUCCAUUGCUGCUCGGGGAUGUUGGGCAGUUAUGGCUUUAGUCGCUACUCUAUGAUUUGUGCAGUUAUUUCUCCCUAAAAUAAAGUUGCUUCUGCGUCUCAGA